UCUAACCCAUUUCACACUCUCAUCUCACGGUUUUCACCACCACCGGUUUCUCUGUUUCCGGCGGUUUUUCCGGUGACCUUUUGCCGGUGACCAAUAUGGGGCAAGGUCUCAGUUGCAGGAUACAAGAUGAACACGGUUUGUUUACCGCCGUUCAGGUUGGUGAUUUGCAGACCGUUAAGACUGUUUUGGACAAAGAUCCGAGUCUUUCUCAACAAACUACGGUUUAUGAUCGUCAUUCUGCUAUUCAUAUUGCAGCUGCCAAUGGUCAGAUCGAGAUUCUUUCUAUGCUUUUGGAGAAUCGAUCGGUUAAUCCGGAUUGUUUGAAUCGUCAAAAACAGACUCCAUUGAUGUUGGCUGCAAUGCACGGGAAAAUCGCGUGUGUAGAGAAGCUAAUUGAAGUCGGGGCUAAUAUUUUGAUGUUCGAUUCACUAAAUCGAAGAACAUGCCUGCACUAUGCUGCUUACUACGGCCACUCCGAGUGUCUGCAAACUAUUCUCUCCGCUGCGAGAACCUCCCACGUUUCGGUUUCAUGGGGAUUUUCGCGAUUUGUGAAUAUAAGAGACGGUAAAGGGGCGACACCGUUGCACUUAGCCGCCCGUCAAAGACGGCCCGAAUGUGUUCAUAUACUUCUUGACAAUGGCGGGCUUGUUUGUGCCUCCACCGGUGGAUACGGUCUUCUUGGUAGUAGUCCACUUCAUUUGGCUGCAAGAGGGGGUUCGAUCGAAUGCAUCCGUGAGUUAUUAGCAUGGGGUGCUGAUCGACUCCAUAGAGAUUCAGCCGGGAGGAUCCCAUAUACGGUCGCUUUAAAACAUAAAUACGGAGCGUGUGCGGCUUUACUAAACCCUUCAUCCGCUGAGCCAUUAGUGUGGCCGUCACCGUUAAAAUUCAUUAGCGAGCUUAACCAAGAUGCGAAAGCCUUGUUGGAGCAAGCUCUAAUGGAGGUUAAUAGAGAACGGGAGAAAAAUAUUUUAAAGGGUUCGGGUUUCUCUGUGUCAUCCCCGUCGCACUCUGAUGCUACCGGCGUUGAUGACGACAUCUCAGAGGCUAGUGAUUCACAAUUAUGUUGCAUAUGUUUUGACCAACUAUGCGCGAUCGAGGUUCAAAAUUGCGGUCACCAAAUGUGUGCGCAAUGCACACUUGCUUUGUGCUGCCACAACAAGCCCAACCCGACAACCUUAGCCCUACCCCAACCGAUCUGCCCCUUUUGCCGUAGCAACAUUGCACGGCUAACAGUAGUCAAAGUCAAAGUCAACUCCGUUGACCAAGACCUCGACGUUUACUCUUCUCCUAAGCAGCGGAAGUCAAGAAAAUCACAGAAUUUAAGUGAGGGAAGCAGCAGCUUUAGAGGGUUAUCGGGUGUUCCCUCGUUCGGGAGGAUGGUGGGCCGUAGCUCGGGUCGGGUCUCCGUUGACCAUGAAUGUGAUAAACCAUGAAAACGAAGCGGGUGGAGAUCGGUCCGGAGCGUUUGGGCAUUGUGUAUUAGAAAGAUCAAGUCUUCAAUUCUGUUGUUGAAUUGGAUUUGUGGGGCAAUAAUUAAGCAAAGGAAAUGGUGAUGGUGAGUAUUGUUUGUUGUGUUUACUUCAACUUGAAGUAAGAAGUAAGGGUCUUUGUUAGUUACUUGUUUAAAAAGGCUUUUUUUUUUUUUUUUUUUUUUUUUGGGUUACCUAAGGCUAGAAAUUCAAAAUUCAUCUAUGUAAUAUGCUUUAGUGGAAAAAUGGUGAGAGGUAAAUUGAUACCCCACCUUUUUGUUUUUAUUA